AUGGGCUCAAAAUCUCCACCGAAACCUGCUUUUGAAAAGGUCCUCAUCGUAGGAGCCGGCCCAUCGGGAUUACUUCUCGCUCUUCUCUUGUCACAGCAGAACAUCCCCUCGGUCGUCCUAGAAGCGUACCCGUAUCUGGACACCCGACUCCGAGCAACGCAAUAUGGCGUUCCCGCAACGCGGGUCUUCCGGCGAGCCGGAAUUCUCGACGACAUCCGCGCGGCAUCCAUCGCGACAUUUCCCACGAUCUGCUGGCGCCGAGUAUCGGAUGGCCAGAAGCUUACCAGCAUUGAUAUGUCGUGUAUUAAGGACCAUCCUGACCGCAUGACGAUCUUGCAACUGGCAGAAAUCAUUGAGAUUAUGUAUCGGCAUUGUAUUGAGAAGGGGAAGGGUUUGAUAGAAGUUAAAUUUGAUCAUCAGGUUGUUGAAGUUGGCCAGGAUGACGGCAAGGCUUGGGCUGAUGUUGAAACGGGAGACGGCAAGGAGAAGACGAGAUUUAAAGCCGACUAUGUGGUGGGCUGUGAUGGGGCGACAAGCGCGGUCAGACGAUCUUUGUUCGGGCGAGAAUGGCCAGGUCAGACAUUUGACUAUCAGUUCAUUGUUCAAAAUGUCUUCUACGAAGGAUUCGAAAAGCAUGGAUGGGAUGGGGGAAAUUAUAUGGUUGAUCCCGAUCACUGGGGCUUAGUUGCCAAACGUGGCAAGGGAGGCCUUUGGAGGGUCACGUACGGUGAUGUGGGUGGCUUGACUGAUGAAGAGUAUCUCGAGCGUCGAGCCUGGCAUUUCGAGAAGAUAUUUCCUGGUCACCCCAAACCCGGGGAGUACCGAAUCGAACAGACGAAUAUGUAUAAGAUCCACAAUCGCUGUGUUGAGAAAAUGCGAGUCGGUCGAAUUCUUUUGGCUGCAGAUGCGGCACAUGUUUGCAAUCCGAUGGGCGGCUAUGGAUGCAUGACGGCUGCCCUCGACGUUGGUGGUCUGGCAGACUGCUUGAUUGGGCUGUAUAGAGGUGAGACUGGAGAAGAAAUCCUGGAUAGAUAUGCCGACGUAAGAAGGGAUAUCUUUCUGAGGUAUAUUGAUAAGAGGAGUGUCAAGAAUCUCGAGAGGGUGGCUAAAAGCGAUCCUAUGACGGUUGUGGAAACUGAUAAAUUCUUUGGGAUUUUAAAGGAGUUGGAAGGGGAUGAUGAAGCAAGGAAGAAGUUCUUGCUGAAAGCCUCGAGCAUUGAGCACGAUUUCACGAAGGAUUACAAGAUCAAAGCGAGUGAUACAUUGAAUUAG